CUCCGGCAUUACGGUUAGCGUACCGGUCCAUCAACACUUCCGGUCCGACCUUUUUCUCCCUCCGCCCCGGUGCCGUUUCACUUUGCGGCCCACGUGCGGCGUUAAUUCGGGUUUUUAGCUUAAAAAAACCAAGUAAAAGUUUGGACCAAAUGGCGUCGUCUAUCGAGCAGAUGAGGGCGAACGUGGGGAAGCUUCUCAGAGGAAUCGACAGGUACAACCCAGAAAACCUUGCAACGCUGGAGCGCUACGUGGAGACGCAAGCGAGAGAAAAUGCCUACGACCUGGAAGCAAACCUUGCUGUGCUCAAGCUGUACCAGUUUAAUCCAGCAUACUUCCAGACUCAAGUGACCUCACAGAUUCUGCUGAAGGCGCUGACCAACCUGCCACACACCGACUUCACACUCUGCAAGUGCAUGAUCGACCAGACACAUCAGCAGGAGGAGCGGCCCAUCAGACAGAUCCUCUAUCUGGGGAACCUGCUGGAGACGUGCCACUUCCAGAGCUUCUGGACGAGUCUAGAGGAGAACAGAGAGCUCAUCGAUGGCAUUACUGGUUUUGAGGACUCUGUGCGCAAGUUUAUCUGCCAUGUUGUGGGCAUCACCUACCAGACCAUCGAUCGCCGCUUACUGGCCGAGAUGCUCGGAGACCCGCUGGACACGCAGGUGAAGGUGUGGAUGAACAAGUACGGCUGGACGGAGAACGAGGAUGGACAGAUCUUCAUCUUCAACCAGGAGGAGAGCGUCAAGCCCAAGAACAUCGUGGAGAAGAUCGACUUUGAGAGUGUAUCCAGCAUCAUGGCCACAUCUCAGUGAUGGAAACGCAUAAAUACACUCACACACAAACAACCACACGCAGCAGUUAGGAUGGAGUCAGACAGGUCAUUAGUUUUCAUAAUCACAAGUUUUCUCAAUAAAAGUAAUUUAUCAUUUCCA